AUGUACCACUCAUCGUCCAUACUUCUGGCCACCGCCGGCCUGGCGAGCGCCUUUACGAACACAAAGGUCGACUUCUUCAUGCGCAAGAACAUCGAUCCCAUCGUUAUCCCGGGCCAGUACAAGAGCCACAUGCACAGCUUCUUCGGUAGCGAUGCCGUGAACGUCAACCUGAGCACCACGGCGGAACUCCAACAGGGCUGCGCCACUGCCCAGAACCCCAACGACCUGUCCGUUUACUGGAUCCCGACUCUCUACCACGUCGAGGGCGACAAGCGCACCCCCAUCGAGCCCGUCGCUUUCACGGCCUACUACAACUUCGACAAGGACCCGGCCGAGGUCGCGAUCCCGCCCAACUUCAAUGUCGUCGCCGGCAACGCCCAGGCCAAGACCGUGGACGACCUCAUCGAAGGCUCCGACGUCGCCUGGCUCUGCCAGAACCAGGACUUCGACGCCGGCGGCAAGAAGAACUCGGACUUCCCGCAGAGCACCUGCUCCACCUCGCUGCAGUCGGUCCUCUGGUUCCCGGACUGCGUCGACACGACCACGCUUAAGAGCGCGUACUCGAACAAGGGCACCUGUGCCGACGGCAUGAAGCGCAUGCCGCAGCUGCGCUUCAGCAUCCGCUACGACACCAAGAAGGCCAUCCCCGACGGCUGGAAGGGCGCGCCGCCCCUGGAGCUCGCGUGCGGGCCGAGCCACUGCUUCCACGGCGACUUCAUCAACGGCUGGCUGGAGGAGGCGGCCCAGACCAUGGUCACCGCGCUGACGGAGAAGAGGAAGUGGCAGGCCGUCGACGGGCCGAACGGCAAGGCUAAGGCGGGCUCCAAGUGCAAGGACAAGGCUACCGAUGCGGACCCCAACAACGGCACGAACGAUUAUGCGGAGAGCGUCAAGCAGAUGGCCAAGAGAAGGGUUGAUAUGAAGAAGAGGAUGGCCAUGUAA